AUGUCGUUUUCAGAUUCCGACUCCUCCUCCCAUGGAAGAGCCUCCGAGUACAAGAUUUUCCUUAAAACCAGCCGUGACAGAUUAUUAUACGAAAUGCUUGGAUCAACUAAAACUGGGGAAUCGAAAUCCUGGAAGGUACUCAUAAUGGAUAAAGUUACGGUAAAAGUCAUGUCUCAUUCAUGUAAAAUGGCAGAUAUAACAGACCAAGGAAUUUCACUGGUGGAAGAUCUUUUCCGGAGAAGAGAGCCAUUGCCGUCCAUGGAUGCUAUUUAUUUUAUUCAGCCAUAUAAAGAAAAUGUUGUCAUGUUCUUGUCCGACAUGUCCGGAAGAGAGCCUUUAUACAGAAAAGCAUUUGUGUUUUUUAGUUCCCCCGUUCCAAAGGAACUUGUGAAUCACAUCAAGUGUGACACAAGUGUAUUACCCCGCAUUGGAGCAUUGAGAGAGAUGAAUUUGGAGUAUUUUCCCAUAGACAGUCAGGCUUUCAUAACUGAUCAUGAAAGAGCAUUGGAAGACCUCUUUGGUGAUGUUGAGAAUGCUCGAAAAUUCGAUGCCUGCCUGAACACAAUGGCGAAUCGAAUUGCCACGGUUUUCGCUUCAUUGAAGGAGCUUCCAUGUGUGAGGUAUCGCGCUGCCAAGGCGGUUGAUGAAUCUGCGGCGACAACACUUCGUGAUUCAAUUCCAACAAAACUUGCUUCUGCAGUUUGGAACUGUAUUUCAAAGUACAAAUCUACUGUUCCAAACUUCCCACAGACUGAAACGUGCGAGCUUCUUAUAUUGGAUAGAUCUAUUGAUCAGAUUGCUCCUAUCAUACAUGAAUGGACUUAUGAUGCCAUGUGUCGUGAUUUAUUAGAUAUGGAUGGAAACAAAUACGUCUUUGAGGUUCCUAGUAAAACGGGUGGAAAGCCUGAGAGAAAAGAGGUCCUCUUAGAAGACCAUGAUCCAAUCUGGCUUGAACUUCGACAUGCACACAUAGCAGAUGCUAGUGAAAGAUUGCAUGACAAGAUGACCAACUUUGUAUCCAAGAACAAAGCUGCACAACUUCAACAGAGUGCAAGAGAUGGUAACGAACUAACGACCCGGGACUUGCAAAAAAUGGUUCAGGCUUUGCCACAAUACACUGAACAAGUUGAGAAGAUCUCUCUCCAUGUAGAGAUAGCUGGAAAAAUUAACAAAAUUAUUCGAGAAACGGGUCUUCGAGAACUCGGGCAACUAGAACAGGAUCUUGUUUUUGGAGAUGCUGGAGCCAAGGAUGUCAUCAAUUUUCUGAGAACAAAGCAGAACAUGUCCCCAGAAAAUAAGUUACGGCUAUUAAUGAUAUAUGCCUCAGUCCACCCUGAGAAAUUUGAACGUGACAAAGCCUCUAUGCUAAUGCAGUUGGCCAAAUUAUCUCGUGAGGACAUGAAGGCGAUAAACAAUAUGCGAUUGCUUGGCGGAUCAUCCAAAAAGAAGUCAGCUAGUGGCUUCUCGCUGAAGUUCGACGCCCACAAGAAAAACCCGGCGGCAAGGAAGGACCGCACUGGUGAAGAAGAGACAUGGCAACUAUUUCGAUUUUAUCCCAUGAUAGAGGAGCUCAUUGAGAAUCUUUGCAAAGGUGAUUUGCCAAAGAAUGACUAUUCAUGUAUGAAUGAACCUAGUUCGACCAUUAACAAAGAAGACAGUAAGAGAAGCACCACCCAGAGCUCACCAGCACAGACAAGUCAACCGGCCACUGGUCCUCAUUCAAUGAGGUCGAGGAGGACUGCCAAUUGGGCAAAGCCACGCCUUUCUGAUGAUGCAAAUUCAAGUGAAUCAAUUUUGAAGAGUGCUUCUACUGAUUUAAAGAAGUUGGGACAACGUAUUUUCGUAUUUAUCAUUGGAGGGGCAACUCGAUCGGAGCUACGAGUUUGUCACAAGCUCACAGCAAAAUUGAGAAGGGAAGUAAUAUUGGGUUCUUCUAGUAUUGAUGACCCUCCCCAGUAUAUCACAAAACUGAAGCUACUUUCAGAAAAUAAUGUAUCACUGGAUGGCCUCAGAAUUUAA